AACCCGCAUACCACUUGUCUACAGUUUGCGAGGAGUGUGUUAGCAUUGUUUUAUCUCACCACCACUGUUGCCAUUGGACGCGGACACAGACACAUCUAUAUAUACAUUCUUUUUUUUAAUUAUUUUUUCUUCUGGAGCAAGUCCAGUCUGAUGAAUUCACCGAAAAAAGACGGAGACGACGAUGUGCCCGUUAAAGACCCGGUGAAAUAUGGCGAACUGGUCAUUUUGGGGUACAAUGGUUCUCUUCCAACCGGAGACCGGGGGCGCAGAAAGAGUCGCUUCGCUCUGUACCGAAGGGCCAAGGCCAACGGCGUCAAGCCCAGUGCGGUGCACAUCCUCAACACGCCACAGGACAGCAAGGCCGUACACAGCAGGGGGCAGCACAGCAUUUCUUUCACCUUGUCCCGUAACCAGACCGUGGUGGUGGAGUACUGCCACGACAACAACACAGACAUGUUCCAGAUCGGACGCUCCACAGAAAGUCCCAUCGACUUUGUGGUGACAGACACCUCUGGAGGGGGGAAGGAGGGGGAGGACCCCUCCAUUGCUCCCAGCACGAUCUCACGUUUUGCCUGCAGAGUCGUGUGCGAACGCAGCCCACCCUACACUGCACGCAUUUACGCCGCAGGCUUCGACUCCUCCAAAAAUAUCUUCCUAGGAGAAAAAGCAACCAAAUGGAAAAACCCUGAUGGACACAUGGACGGUUUGACCACCAACGGGGUUCUAGUGAUGCAUCCAGAGGGGUUUCCAGAGGAGCCGAAGCAGGGGCUGUGGAGGGAGAUCUCUGUCUGCGGUGAUGUCUACGCCCUUAGGGAGACGCGCUCCGGUCCCACCCGGGGCAAACUGGCAGAGGGAGAGAGCAGCGCACUACGAGACGGCUCCCUGGUUGACCUGUGUGGUGCCACCCUGCUGUGGCGUACGGGCGAGGGGCUCAUGCGUGCGCCCACCCUGCGGCACCUGGAAGCACUUCGACAGGAGCUCAAUGCGUCCCGCCCCCAGUGUCCUGUCGGCCUCAGCACACUGGCCUUCCCCAGCCUGCCACGCAGCCACAGCCUUGAAGAACGUCAACCCUGGGUCUACCUCACUUGCGGCCACGUCCAUGGACGCCACGACUGGGGCCAGAGAUCUGAGAGGGAGGAGCACCCGGGGGAGGGCGAGGGCUCCACUACCCGCCGAGAAUGUCCCCUGUGCAGGAGUGUGGGUCCCUACGUGCCCCUGUGGCUGGGCUGUGAGCCGGCUGUGUAUGUUGACGCCGGCUCUCCCACUCACGGUUUUGUUCCGUGCGGUCACGUCUGCUCAGAGAAGACAGUCAGGUACUGGGCAGAGACCCCACUGCCCCACGGGACCCACGCCUUCAGACCCGUCUGCCCCUUCUGCUCCAGUGCCCUCAACACCCCCGGCUGGACUCGGCUCAUCUUCCAGGGUCCCAUCGACUAGUCACCACUGCAACCACUAUAACAACAACCAUUCAUGUCGCAAAUAUUGGUCAGUAUGGAAAAUUAAUUAAGUUGGAGUGCUUAACGUCAUUUUUCGCGUUAUUAAAGCAUAUGUGUUCUGCAGUCAGUAUUCAAACGUUGUCAGUGAACACAGGUCCAUGCUGAAGAAUCCUGUGUCUUGUUUAUCCUUCAGUCGCUGUUAAUUGGUAUAGGAUGAUGAGGAUAGUGGCAGAAUAAUCCAUACUGCCAUGUGAACAGUAUUUAUUCUGAAAUACCUGAGGUCCCCUUCUCUGUUCUUCAAGAGUCUGCUGGUCUCACAAGCCGAUUUACCCAGAAACCUCUCUGAAAAUACCCAAAAGAGCCUGAUCUCCACCAUUAGGUUUCGUGUGAAGUGUCUCACUCAGUGAAUCAUGAAUUUUGACAUCAUAGUCUCCACUUUCAGAUUUAAUAUCCACCACUUUCACCUUCGUUUGCAUCCUGACUUCCUCGCUAACCUGAAUGCCCAGCUGAUUCAUAUUCAUAGCUGCACUCAACAGGCUGUCUGAUAAGUACCUGUGUUAAAUGAGCGAGGGAUCAAAGGUUGUUCCGUGAAGAGGAAAUGAUUAACCACUUUUAAAAUCAUUGUUUGUAUUCAAAUAUCCAUUUAGUGUGACACCUAUGCACAGGCCCACGAUGAACGAGACCCCCCCUGUUUACCAUUAGCUUGGAGGUAGAACCUGCAGACUCUUUGAUUAGCACUGAAGCACCAGAGGGAGCACUUCAUGCUAUGUAAGGACAAGUCUUAUCCAGAUUAUCGAGCAGACAAAGGAUAAACAAGGGCUGGGACUAAAACUGGGUAAACGCCACUUCAUAACCCCCUAAAGCAAUAAAAGCACUCUCAUAGAUAAGCUAAAUGUUGUGCUAUGUUUAGCCAAGUGUUGUGUCAGCGCUGGUCACAUAUAACGAGGCUGAAAUGGUUUCCAGGUUAAGGGCUCAACCAGAGGCGUGUUCAAUACCACAAUUCAUUUGAUUUCUACACGAGGUCGUAGACCAGGUAACCAGGUAUCUUAGUAAGUGUGAUGUAACCAAAGGCUGACAUUUUAAAGACGAGCAACUGAAUCAGUGAAAAUAUAUUUUUAAAUGCAUCCAGUAGGGGGGGCCAUGGAUCUCGCGAUGGAGCAUGAUGGCUGCAGGGCUGUAUGUUUGAUCCUCGGCUCCCCUGAACCCAGGUUGUGUCAGGAACGACACAAAGCUCAUGCCAAAUCCCAUGUGGAUGUUGAUCCACUGUGGCAAACCCCAUCAAUUCAAAUACAUGAAGCAGCCACAUCAUGCCGACAGAAAUCAUGUCAUCACAUAUAAGCAUUUAGGAUUGUUAAAUGAAAUUGAACACACUUCUGGUUACUGCAUUCUGAUUAACAGGCUCUGCGUUAGUGUGACGGAGCGUCUGAGCGGUUUGACCUAGCAUAACCUCAAAAGAAAAACUUUUGUUUUGUUUGUUUUGUUUGGUUAUUUCAAAGAAAACUAUUUUGUUAGGAA